AUGAUCAACCGGCCAGAUUUAGCGUCCGAGGUGAUCAGGUGUUUGCAGGAACCCGUGUACCUCGUAGCCAACAUCAAACGAUCAUGUCAACAGCUCCUCGGUCAAUUCAUUGAACGCGUUGCAACGCGAGGCGACUGCAUGGUAUCAGACAAAGAGUUAUUGGACUGUAUUUGCCCCCAUAUCUCGACAAAUGGCGUGGGCGGCGGCGGUAACGGCGAUGACAAUCACGAUGACGAAGACAAAUCAACAAAUAUGGACGAUUUGGAUGACAAGAGCGGCGAUGCUUGGCUUGGCUUCCUUUCUAUGUUGUUGCGAUAUCUCUACUCUGGCUCCUUCUCUCCUACUACGGCGACCGGGAGUAAUGAACUCCAUGAAAAGCUCAAGGUCAAGAGGAGAGAGCCCUUGUCAGAUGGGCGCAGCAUCAGGGUUAAUAGCGGCGAAUCCGCGGUCGAGAAUUUUGUUCGCUUGAACCAGAUCGACAAGAACCGCCGCAGGCCCAUUCCUAUUACGCCUGCCAGUCAGUCGUUCUUUUGGAAGAGCGAUGCGCUGCAGAAAAAAAUCAAGGAAGAAGACUAUGUGCUUGCGGAUCGGAAGGCUGUUUACCAACCAAUCUUCAAUUACCGACGCUGGCUGGGAGAGUGCAAACGAAUGGUUCUUCCUGGCGCAAUAGAAUCCAUCAGCGACAUCGAGAGUAGGCUGCCACCUCUUUGCGGCGACGAUGCCAAUUUCGCGAAAUAUGUGACGGAGCUUGGGAACGCAAAGAUGCAGUUGGACAGCUUUUACAACCACAGUACGGCUGUUAAAAAGCACCAGUGGGGUGCCAGGAAGGCUCGGAAAGCAGAGUACGCGAUUAUUACGAACCGUCUGCUCAAGAUGGUCGGGGGUGUAACUGGCAGACAGAGGGAUGAAGCGAACAAGGUUGUGGUUGGGGUGAGCCAUGAACAGUUUUCAACAAAGUCUAGGCUCUCUUUGCAUACAUCCUUCCAGUCGUACUUUGUUCAAAAAGCUCGCUCUCUUGGGUACAUUGUCGUGGGAGUGAAUGAAUACUACACCUCCAAAAGUGUCCAACUUGCGAGCAGUUUAUCGGAGAAGUGGAGAUCCGAAGCUUGUACUCCAAUGAAUGAAAACGGGGUGUACCCAUGGGAGCAAGCUGCAAAGUCGCAGACAAAUAUUGGCAUCAGCAGCGCCAGUAGCACCAGCACCAGCAUCAACAGCGCUAGCGAUUCGAGCACUAGUGACAUGGCUUCUGGACAACAAGGAACUCGAACGCGCAAGCGAGCAGCCUCUGUGGAGGGGCCUGCCACCCGCCGUGUGGUGGAUUCUUCGGUGACGUCAAUCGGUUGGAUUUAG